GAAAAGAAUAGUAAGUGCUAUAGACGUGAUCACUUAAUUUGUGGAUUUUUAUUUACGUAAUUUAUAAACAAGACAGCGAAACAUAAUGAACACUUCAGAAAAUCUGUCAAAAUGUUUGAUAGAAACAAAAGAUGGUCCUAUUAUGGGAUAUAUUGAUAAAGGAGAAGAGGGCAUUUACUAUAAAUUCAAGAGAAUACCAUAUGCAAAACCACCGUUGGGAACAUUAAGAUUCAGACCACCAUCUGCUGUUACGCCUUGGAAGGAAGUAAUUGACUGUACACAAGACGCUGACUAUCCUAUAUACCUUCAUGAUGAAAAAAUUGUGGGAUCAGAAGAUUGUCUUUAUAUAGAAAUCUCUACAAAAAGUAUCAAAAAUAACACACCUAUGCCAGUAAUGUUCUGGAUUGGAACAUAUGUGUUUUCUGUUAACAUAGAUAAUUAUUUUAAUCCUUCAUUAUUGAAUGAUCAUGGUGUUAUAUUUGUUAGAUGUGGAUUUAGACUUGGACCAUUUGGAUUUCUAUCUAUUAAUGAGUUCAAUGCACCGGGUAACUGUGGUUUAAAAGAUUUAGUGAUGGCAUUGAAAUGGGUUCAAAACAAUAUAGAUAAAUUUGGUGGCGAUCCAAAUAAUGUCACAAUAUUCGGAAGUAGUACAGGAGGUUCAGCUGUUCAUUUACUGAUGAUGUCACCCAUGGCAUCAGGAUUGUUUCAUAAGGCCAUAAUACAAAGUUCUAGUGUCUUAAAUAAUUGGUCCUUGACAAAAAAUCCUAUAUUGUCGGUAAUGGAAUUAUCUAAAAAACUUGGUAUUACAAAGUUACAUCCAGUAGAAAUUGUAGAGGAGUUAAGAUUGUUUUCAGCCGAAGAAAUUAUAAAAACAACAUUCUACUUAGAGGAUAAAUUAGCUAAAUUAGAUGAUUGCAACUUUUUUGAUAGUUUUUUCAAACCAUGUAUAGAAAAUGAUUUGGAGGGUCUGCCGGCCUUUUUAACAAAAAGUCCAAUCCUAAUAUUAAAAACUGGUAAUUUCAAUAAAGUGCCAAUAAUUAUUGGCUCUAAUAAUAUUGAGGGAUCUGUUUUACAAUUCAUUAAUAAUGAUUUUUACACAAAUUUCCAUAAAUACAAUGAGGAUAUUUGUCACAUUGUACCUAAAUCACUGUCAUGUGAACCAAAAUACUCCAAAGAUAUUGGCCAAAAAUUAUUAAAAUUUUAUUUUGGAGACGAAUGUGAAAUUAAUGAAAAUACUAAAACCCAAUAUUUACAAUUGAUCAGUGAUUAUUAUUUUUUAUAUUAUGUCAAUAAAACUGUCAGAUUACAUAGUGAGUUUGCCCCUGAAAGUCCAGUGUUUUAUUAUAUAGUUAAUUGUGCAGGUGAAUGGUCUGUUCCAGAAGAAUUGUCAUAUUUUUGUAACUUAGGACACAGUGCAGAAAUUCCAUUUAUAUUCCAAAUAAGAACAACAAAUUCGCCAGUUGAUCCCAAGAUGUGCAAAGGCUCAAGAGACUCCAUAACUACAAGGAGCAGAGUUGUCAAAAUGUGGACUAAUUUUGCCAAAUUUGGGUAUGUUGAUAAAAAUUAUUUAUAAAACAAAAAUAAUAAAUUUACUCUAAUUUUACCUACUUCUUUUCAGAAAUCCUACACCAGAAGACGAUGAUCCACUGUUACAAAUUAAAUGGGACUGUGUUGAAAAUAAAGAAAAAUUAAAUUAUCUUAGUAUAGGGACUGAACUUACUAAAGGUAGAAAUCCUUUCCAUGAAAGGAUGAUAUUUUGGGAAGAGCUCCAUAAAGAAUACACUUUUUUAAGAAUGCUUGUUUAUUUCAAUGAUAUGGGGGUAACAUGGUAAGGUAAUAAAGUACUUUUUCUUACCAAUAAUUUCCACCUAUGCUUGUCUUUUAA